GAAGACUUCGAUGUGGCAUCCGUGACGACGAGACACUCCUACUUCUCGGAAGGCGUCCCUGAUAAGGCCCAUAUCCUCUACCCUCCGAACCGGAUCUUGCACGAUCGCCAUGCCAGACUCUUUGAGGGCAGGCUGAAGGAGCUUUCAACGUUUACGGGCAUGUUCAAGCUGAAGCAGGAUGUUGAGCUGCACAGAGAGAUGCUCAGUGAAAGCAAAUCAGUACAGUUCGCGACCAUGCCCUGCUAG